AUGAGCAGAUACAAGAAAAUACGGCCUGCUGGUGCCGAGAGUCUGGAUGUCGCUGCUACGAGAGAUGGAGCGGAAGCACCUAAUUCGGACGAUUCAUCCUCUGGACUUCCGGAACAAACGCCUUUCCAGAUCGCAUCUGACCGCGAGCGUCACCGCCUCAAUCCCAUCUACGGCCCCGGCAGUAUAUCAAGAGGAGCGGUACCUCUCGAGGCGCAGUUCAGUAGCUGGGAACCCCCCCCUCAGCCGGAAAGUGGAUGCGCCAAGUCACUCCGGAUAGCUCUCAUCGGUCCUCCUAACGCAGGAAAGAGCUCGUUAAUGAAUGCCCUUAUCGGCCAGAAGCUCUGUGCGGUAUCACCGAAGGUGAACACAACGCGUCUCUCGCCGUUUUUGUGCGCGAAGUGGAACGAUGAAGAUAUCGUCGACACGCAGGAGGACGCAGAUGUUGCUCUGCUAGUUAUCGACGCGGUCAAACGGCCUACGCAAGAGGUGUUCAAUAUCGUCACGACUAUUGCACCGAAACCGUCACUCAUUCACCGUGCUUUGGAAAACAACGCUGCCGAAGGUGCAGCAGGUGGCGGAGCUUAUAAAGUAACUGGGGCAGAUGUUUCUAGCAGCGAGAGUCGCGGGAGGACGUAUCUGUUUUGCUGGUUCAAUAAAGAUGUUCCGUACCGGAUCGAGCAGCAGACUAUCGGCUGGACACCGCGCCUGGACGGAUCGCUCAUCAUCGAGCAAGAACUUCUAGUGAAGGAUGAUAAAGUGGCGAAAAUGGUGUGCGGCGUUCGCAACAGGCUCCUGUUUCAGCUCCGGCGGAAUGUAUCUUAUAAUCUGGAACAGAAUUGGGGACAGAAGGUGAUUUUAUACAUUCAUGUCAAAGCACUGAGACAGCGUUCGGCUUCGGAUUAG